CCAAUCUGAAGUUAGUAACACAACAAACAACUUUGAUAAUGACACUGAAGUCAGGCAGUCUGUCGGUGUUUUGGAACAGUGACGGUUGUGUGAAAUUGUGUUGUAAAGUAUAUUUUUCUGAUAAUUUACAAGUGUUUCUGGAGUUCACGAUGUCGGAUGAAAUCGCGGAGAAUGGAACAGCGAACGGAGACGUCCCAGAGAUCGAGCUGAUUAUUAAGGCAUCGACGAUUGAUGGGCGACGGAAGGGCGCGUGCCUCUUCUGCCAGGAGUACUUCAUGGACCUGUACCUGUUAGCUGAGCUUAAGACCAUCAGCUUAAAGGUGACGACAGUAGACAUGCAGAAGCCUCCACCAGAUUUCCGUACCAACUUCGAAGCCACGCACCCGCCCAUACUCAUCGACAACGGUCUGGCAAUACUGGAGAACGAGAAAAUAGAACGGCACAUCAUGAAGUCGGUACCGGGAGGACACAACUUAUUUGUACAGGAUAAGGAAGUAGCCUCACUGAUCGAGAACCUGUAUUCCAAGCUGAAGCUGGUGCUGGUACGCAAAGACGAGCAGAAGUCGGCAGCCCUGCGUGCACAUCUCGGCCGCAUCGAUGGUCUCCUUGAACGCAGAGGGACUAGAUUCUUAACGGGGGACACAAUGUGCUGUUUCGACUGCGAGCUAAUGCCAAGACUGCAGCACAUCCGCGUCGCCGGCAAGUACUUCGUCGACUUCGAGAUACCGACGAGUUUCCGCGCCCUCUGGCGUUACAUGUACCACAUGUACCAGUUGGACGCGUUCACACAGAGCUGCCCCGCCGACCAGGAUAUCAUUAACCAUUAUAAACUGCAGCAGGCGCUGAAAAUGAAGAAACACGAAGAACUCGAGACGCCGACGUUCACGACGUCAAUCCCUAUCGACGUGAGCGAGAACAGUAACGCCGAGUAAGCUCGCCUCGGCGCGCACAUUGCCUUGGUACAAUAGUAGGCGAUAAACUAAAUUUUCUAAAUUAUGCCACCAUCGCCUGACCGCAAGAUGUUAUGCAUUGAUGUUGCAUUCAAAAUAAUGUUGCCAAAAUUUAACAGCGCACCAACAACUGGCCACACAACAAAGAUGGCGCCCACUUUUUUAUUUCCCUCCAUUUUUAAAUUGUUCUUCUAUAGAAUGUGAUAACGAGAACAGACAUAAGAUUUUUGUUGUGUAGUCAGCUGUUCGUGGAAAGUGAUGCGCGACAGAGCGUCGAGUAUUUAAUAUUCGGUGUGAUACUGAUCUUUACUACACAGAUACCGACUCUGACCCACGCCAUUACGAUAUAGCGACAAAGCGCUUUGUGACAUUAGUCGUCUUCAAUUUUUUCUACAGGUUUUUUUUAAUACAUAGAUACCAAUGUCACGUAUGAUGCCAACAAACAAAGAUUCAUAUGGAAAUUAUAUUUUUGUAUUAAAUUCAUGUUUUUAGUAUUGGUCUAUUUCAUUAGAUUUAAAAUCUAAGAGAAAAGUAUGUAUGGUUUGGUGCAAUCGGAAUUAAGUUUUAUGAAUACAUGUUGAGUAAAUAAUAGGUUAUUGUGGAUUUUAUUUAUUAUAAUAUGGUUGGACAUUAUUUUGGAAUAAUACCAUUACAUUUACUUGUGACAUCUUCGGCAGAUCAGUUUUGUUAUUUUCAAAUUGUUAAUUUAUCGUGGCCAUUAGUAUUUUUAAUAAAAUACUUUGGAGUCAUAAAAUAUAAUAAAAUGUGCAUUUUUUAUUAUCGAUGUAAGUGUAUUUGGCAGAGGAGAUGAACAAAUCAUAAUGUGGAUUUUUUAACCAUAUUGCAUCAAACUUUACAAAUUGCAGUGUACCUUUGUCUGUAUAUGAAAAAAUAAUAAUUUUACAAGUUUUUAAUUUAGUUUUAGUAUAGUUUCAGUGUUCAAACACAACGAAUAAAUGCCCAGGACGUGUUGUUGUAUUAUAUUCACGAUAGUUGCUAAGGUUGCUUCACAGUAUUCUAUUUUGUUUUGUUCAUUCUGGACUUCUUUGUCUAUUUAGGUUUAAUGAGAUCAGUUUCGUCGCCAUUUUGUUUUUUCAUACCUCUGCCUUACUGCUAGUGUCGUUUCGAACAUGUUCUACUGCAACUGAUUCAAUACAAUCAAAUCAUUUUGUGAGCGCUCUUGCCUGCCUAAACUGUUACCUUAAGAAGGUAUGUUUUUGUAAUAAGAAUGUACUUAUUUUGUUUACAUUUUCAGUUCCUUUAUUUCAUGUUUGUUUUAAUUAUAUUUAUGAACCUUCAAUAGAAUGUUAGGAGUGAGGCUUUAAGUUGGACCACCUAUAUGUAAUAGACUUUUGGCUUCUCAGAGAUAUGUGGGUGAUUUGUUUUAGUUUAAAAAACAAUUGGCCCCAAAAAUAGUCGUUUUAAAUUUGGUGAAUUCCAUACAUAUUAGCGUAGUACACACACAAGAGACAAGGGCGAGAGACGACCAACAUGUCGAUUGGACAAUGUAUAAAAUAAUAAUGACUAGAUUAUAAUGUAAAUGUUAAGGAAUAAACCUGGAUAAUAAUAUUUUUUUUCGUUUUGUUUCAUUUAUUUUUUUCUUUCUAAUUAUAUCCUUUUCUUUUUUUUAUCUGUUCGUUACUUAUACUAAUAUAAGGAAUGUGCUCAAAUAUUGCCAAAUUCUAUAUAUUCUUGCUUCUGUGCCUUGCUUCUUUUAGUACAACGCUCGUGACUACUUGCUAUAUGUGUAUAUCAAUGUGAUAAAAGUAGCUUUUACACAAUAAAUAUUUAUAACAAAAUAAAAUAUAGUUUCUUUAUUUCAUUAUUAAAAUCUGUAAAAAUACAAUUAAAAAAAACAUACAACAGACCAAAUUCUCGAUAACUUUACUACGAUUUUUCUAUCUCGAUUUUCUUCUUCAUCCAUUCAUUUUUAUAAACAUCGCUGGUAAGUACGGAGCUCAAGAAUGAAUGAGUUAUAAACGCAGUUAUACCCCAUAUCUUAUAAUCUUCGAUUACAAACACCGGCA